CCUCCCCUCUACUGUACAGCUCCUGCGCUUCUACUGUACUCUCCUGCAGCGUGUACUCCAGGGGAAUCACUUCUUCUCCCCCCUCUGCGUCUCUCUGAUACUUAUCGGUUUUCUUUUCUUUUCUUUUUUUUUCUUUUUUUUUUCUUUUUUUUUCUUUCUGGGACAGAAGCGCAAAGAAAAAAAAGUCCCCGAUGAAGUCUCCUGCUGCCGGUGAAUAUGAGUGAGCGUCCACUAAUAGAAAAAAAAUGACUCAGUUUUUAUAUAUUUUUAUUAAACGUGGCUGAAAGUCACUUUUGUGGUUGUCCUGAAAGCUCCUGGAUGCACACUCUCACUGUCGGCACUAACGUGGGCUCCUCACAGCCUCACGUCCUUCCUUUGCUCCCGCUCGUCCGUCCGGCAGCAGUGCGCCGCAGUUUCGCGUAAAACCAAACCCUCCCGGGUCCAGUCCUCUCCAAACCCGCUCUGUAGAGGGCACAAACCACCGAUCGGACUCUGUGCGCUCCGUCCCGUGCUAGCGCCAUGGACGUGUUCAAGAGCCGGCUGUUGGGGAUAUCCGUGGCCGUGGCGCACGGCGUUUUCUCCGGCUCCCUGAACAUCUUGCUGAAGUUCCUCAUCAGUAAUUAUCACUUCAACUUCCUGACGCUCAUCCAGCUCCUGACCAGCAGCACCGCGGCGCUCACUCUGGAGACCCUGAGGCGGCUGGGGAAGAUCCAGAUCCCGGCGUUCAGCGUGCAGCUGUCCAAGGAGUUUGCCUCAGUGUGUAUCCUCUCCACGCUGCAGUCCACUCUGACUCUGUGGUCUCUCCGUGGCCUCAGCCUGCCCAUGUACGUCGUGUUCAAACGCUGCCUGCCGCUCUUCACGCUGAGCAUCGGCGUGUUUGUGCUGAGGAAUGGUGUCCCGUCCAUCGGCGUGGUGACCGCUGUCAUCAUCACCACCGCUGGAGCCGCGCUGGCUGGUGCUGGCGAUCUCACCGGCGACCCCUUCGGUUACGUCACCGGCGUGCUGGCGGUCAUCAUCCACGCCUCUUACCUGGUGCUGAUCCAGAAGAGCAGCCUGGACAGCGAGUAUGGGCCGCUCACUGCGCAGUACGCCAUCGCCGUCAUGGCCUCACCGGUGCUUCUGGUGUGCUCCCUCAUCUCCAUGGACACCAUCAGCAUGUGGUCGUACGAGGGCUGGAAGGACCCCCACAUCACGGUCAUCUUCGUCUUCUGCGUCUUCAUCGGCUGCGCCAUGAACUUCACCACGCUGCACUGCACCUACAUCAACUCCGCCGUCACCACCAGCUUCGUCGGCGUGGUCAAGAGCAUCGCCACCAUCACGGUCGGCAUGCUGGCCUUCAGCGACGUGGCGCCGACUGGGCUGUUCAUCGGCGGCGUGGUGGUCAACACCGUCGGCUCCAUCACCUACUGCGUGGUGAAAUACUUUGAGAUGAAGAAAAAGAGCUUGUACGAGGACCUGGAGGAGGCUGGGAAGGACGGUGCGCUACCCGGGGAGCCGUACCGAGAGAAGCCACCGCUGAGCGGCGACGGAGCUGUGGAUGGCGACGGAUCUGGUCCCGGAAAUCCAGACAUGGAGGGGGUGUUGAGCGGUGACGGGAAGGAGGCCGUGCCAGCUGGAUUGGCUAACGGAGAGGUGUACUCAGGAGAUGGGGGACACAGAGACGGAGAUUCAGGCAUGAAAUCCUGCGUCAUGACAGAAAAGGAGGCGCUGGAGAUGCAGAGGGAGCACCUCCAAAAGGAAAACACCACCCCCGGUCAGUCGGUUAGUGACAGCUAUGUUGGGGUGUGGAGGUCCAUCAGACAUCUGCAGUUUAUGAAGAAAGACCCUUUGAUUGACAACAUGGAGCAGCAGAGUCCGUAAAGGGUGGGACGGAGACCUGAACUGACUCUAGAAAACAAAACUGGAAUGAAUUUGAGGAUAAAAAAAACCACGAACAUGCUGAAGAAACGAGAGCAGAAGGAAAAAAAUACAGACGAGAGCUCUGUUUCCACCGGGGACCUCUUUUACUAGCGGUGCUGGGCAAAACUCUUGUUGGAAACACUGCUGUUGUUUCUGUGAUACCUCAAUGAAAGCCCACGCUUCAGUGCUAAAAGUUCAGUUUCAUCACUCAAGGCUUUGAUUGCAACAAAACAGCCCUGCAAUUUUGUUGUAAGCAGGAAAUAGAAAGUCAUUUUCUUUGUUCGUCAUGUGGUUAAAAAGAGGUUCCUGGUGGAGAGAAGUGGAUGAAGAGUUUUGGGCGAAGCUGCCCGUUGGUGAUAAAUUCUGCCUCUUGUCUUCUUUCAGCUCGGUGGCGUCUGGCGGGGACCAGGCUAAACGCAGUGUAGCAUGAUCUGGUUUUUGGUUUGCAUCCCCAACUGAUCAGCCAGCCUCUCAAACAACAGCAAGUCUUGUAAAAAAAAAUGUUAAAUAAAUACAUGAAAAAAACAAAAAACAAAAUGCAUUGGAUUGCAUCCAAUCAGGGAACAGCAAACAAACAGCAGACCACUGAAAGUUACUUUUUGUCACGUUGUCACCAGGGUGAAUUCUUGUUUUCCGACAGGCCGGGCGGAUGAAGAUGCGGACCAGAUCAAGUUUGUUCACUUGUAAAAGCAUGCUCUGGCCACAAAUGCUAACUACUCUAAUGCUGUGUCACACUGGGGUUGUUUGUGUCAGUAUGACUGAGUCUGACUGUGUCUUUUUUGACCCCGCAGGGUUCAAUGUUACACCUGUUUCCUGCUGAUUCACUGCAUCCGUUUUGCUGUAUGAAGGGAAACCAAGUGAAAAAAUAAUAAUGCAUAUAAGGCAUAAUGGUGGGUUUUAAUGUAACUGUCUGCUCGUACAUUGCUUAUUUCAUCUUUCUUGUUCCCUCCCUAGUGGUGCCACUAAUUAAGUUCCCAUGACACAAGUCCCUCCAUGCGAUCUCGUGAAAAAAGGUGGUGCUAUUGGUGAUGUAACGACGACCCACACGGCUAGAUGGCAGACUAGUAAACAUGGCGAGAUAAAUGCAAGCUAGUCAGGCUGGAGCAUAGAUAAGAGCAGGUGUAUGCCAAAUUUACAUCAUCACAACGACCACGCCCCUUUCUGGGUGAAAUCAAGUGCUGGUCUGCACUGACAUGGAUAUUUUUUAUAAGCAGAUAUUAUCCUCCUCUGUUUAAAAGAAAAACAUCCUGUCCACAUCACCUCCUUUUACAAAAUAUGAAAAAUAAAGAAGCCCAAAAAUAGUUACAAAUGCAGAAACUCAUGUGGGGCCAGUAGGUGUCAAUAAAGUCUACUUCGCGAUACGUCAAACACCAGAGAAAAACAUGACGAGCAUGCAUUGGCACCGUUCGAAAACAGUGUCGUGCUCAGCCUGAUCUUUCUCGUCGUCACUUCUAACGUCAGACAGAGAGGAUUUUUAUUUGCUGUGAUCAUCACGGCUCCAGUCCAACCAAAAGUGACUGCUCAUUUAUUAAUAUAAUCCAGGCCAUGAUCAUUUCUGAAACCUAACCAGAGGAGAGAAACAAACUGUGACUGAGAAGUGGUUAUGAAUAAAAAUAAUAAAGUCACCAAGUCUAACAGUAAAAAGCCAACAUUGAUAUAGUCCAGUCCACCAGUGAUAAUUACGCAUUUUUAUACUUUAUUACAGAAAGGUUUUCCAGGAGAAAUCUUCUCAUAAAACCACCCAAAUGGUCUUAAUAUAGAAAUGGGCAAAUACACAAAUUAUUAAAAAAACAAAGUGCACUCAGGGCACCAGCUGAGAUGGUCACAAAGCUAGCUGAAGUUUGCACUGCUACAUCCUGCAAAAGCUAUUUUCUACAUUCCUGAAUUGAAAAAGUGUGAAAGUUGCCCAUACACCAACGGGCGUGUACUUAUACAAAAGUAAACCUAUUCAAAUUAGCUUCAUAACCUUUUACAUUAACCAAAUGAAGGGUUAGGGUUACUGCAGUGAACUCUACAUCUCUGCUACUUUUCAAAAUAUGGCACUGUGUCUUUGCAGGAAAAACAUCUUGGUAACUGUGAAUAUUCCAUAAAUCUGCCUUUUGAACAUUUAUUACUAUAUUCUGAACCUCCAGUUUAUUUGCCACUAAUUCCUGCCCACAGUGAGGUCUGUGCAGAGGCGUCCAACACAAAGCAGAGCGUGGCUGCCUCUUUGUUGGGCAGUUACAUUCUCCAGUGCACACCUUGUCGAGGAUUAUCCCUUCCCUACUCCUCUCAUGAUUCAUUACAGGCAUCUUGAGAAAAGGUGGUAGAAGUAGAUUGCUGGGCUCAGCUGCUGUUUAAUCAGGUCACAGCUCUGGUUAGACCACGUGAUCCGAAAACUACUAAUGCUGGGGGCAAGCGUGCGUAAUCUACGCUGGUUUUAUGGAGGAUUCGCCAUUUUCUCAGCACAUCCAAUGUGAUGCGGCUUAAACAUACAGUUAGCACCAAGCCAGGAAAGGUGAUAUGCAUAACAUGAUGUAAGUCGAAGAGAGAAUAGAGGAAAGGAAUAAGAAACGUGAGGAAAUAAAUACGUUUGCCUGAUGCAUUCUUGCUUAGAGUGAAAUGUUCCAAAGGAUGCCUCACUCAUGACUGCAAAGAGCUGGAGUCGGGACAUGGUUAGCUUAGCUUAGCAUAAACACUAGAAGCAGGGGGAAACAGCUAGCCUGGCUCUGUUCAAUUCAAGUUAAAGAAUACCAAUCACUGUCAUUCCCAAGUCAUCAAAUACAGAUGUUCUGUCUCAUACAGACACACAGAGUCGCUAAAGUAAAUGUUAGCUCGGUACAUUUCUGCACAACCACAGUUUCUUUAUGUUUUAACUUAACCUUUGUUUAAUUUUCUAUUUGUGCCUUAUCACAAUGUUUAGUUAUGCUCUGAUUAGGCUUUGGCACAACAAACACUUGGUUAGGGUUAGGAAAACAUCACGGUUCGGUUUUGUUCACCAAGAGGAAGAUGGUUAGACUUCCCUUGAAAAUCACUGUUUGUGGUAUUGACAAAAACAGCUGGAAAAUGUCUCCAGGUGCCCUUAAAAAUAACCAGUGGUGUGAUAACUGCCACCACCAACCCCUCCACCUCCUGCUGGACAGGUGGCUAAUAAUCAUAUAACAUGAACAUGACAUGCCACAUUGGGUACAAAAUAUCAACCUUGGAUGCAUCUGUGGUUUGCAGAAAUUUUAACAGCUAACUUUAUAUCCUGGAGCCCUAACCCCAACCAGAACAUUGUGAAGUGGUUGCAUUUUGGUUUGGGUUAAAAUAAGUGAGUAAUAACUUGCUUACGUGUCAUAAUUGAAAUUACUUUAUAUGGGGAAGUUAAGUUAGGACAGAUCAAGAGGCUGAUUGAACAGUCUGAUUGUUGCACAUGUGUGAUUUUGACUGGUCACAGUUGAAGUCCACUCCAAAAUGUGCAUUUUCAUCCCAGAAGAAGUCUUAAAUUAUUUACUGCAAACUGCGAUAGAUGGAAGAAAACCCAAAAUUCAGAGAAGGUGAUGAAAUAAUACUCAAACUACUGAGAAAUCCCUUCAAGAUUUCUGCAUCCUCACCAAAAAACUUUCAGCUAAACUUGUUUGAAAAUGAUGGUGUUUUAAGAUUUCCUAGACAGGACAGACAAGAUGACAUCUCAGUUGAGGGCAGCUUCGGUCUGUUUAUGAGCUCAUGUAAAACUGUAAGGCGACAGGCGAUUCCGCUAAGAGGCCACUUUGUAAAAGAAGCAGCUACGUCUCAGUCAGGUCAAGUAGUAGUCAGGUUACUUUUCUCACAGCUUUUCUCACAGGGCAAUGUGGCUCGAAAUCACAAAGCAUUCUUUGUUUCUUGACAGUUUUUGAUUAAAAACCCACGUUUGAGACACACAGUUCGGUGUGUGCGUAGAAGCGUUGACGAUUGAUCCACAGCACUCUAUCUCCUGUGUCUCCGGCCUCUUUGUUUCUGUAUUUAACUCCAAACUGGAAACAUUAAUCUCCUGUCUCCUUCCGCGAAGACGGAGCCACCGGCGCCUUGAAUUGUGUGGAGAAAGAAAGCUGUCAACCGGUGAUAUUGAUUGGUAUCGAUUUCUCUUCUCACAGUCCCCAAACUUCAUUUAACGCUACAAAAGAUCUGAUGUCCCCUCGAGCUGCAGUAAACAGGGAGUGGGCUGUUUGCAGCAGCCUUGUUCAGACGUUGUUUUGGCCAUUAACUUUGUAACAAAAAGAUAAAUAUAAAUGUGGAAGCAUGAUGUGUGACUAGUUUGGUGUUUUCGGUGUGUUUCUGAGUGAGUCGGGCGGCACCACCACGAUUAACUGAUUUGUAAUGUUUCAAUAAAAGUGUCAAGGUUUGGAUGUUGUGACUGAGAUGGAGCCUCGCUGAGGGCUGAACAUGUACCAAUUUAGACUUUUUGUAAAUGUGACUCACCAAAAGUGCAUGAAUGUAUUUGCUUUUCUUUCUUAAAGGUGCACUUCGUCAGAUUGGCCACUCAUACUCCAAACAAAUAGGGGGCAGCAUUUCACCAGAUUAACCACUUACUGCUGCUAACUAUACUGACGAUAGCUUGUUAGCUCAGUUAGCUUUGCAGCUAGCUGGAGCACUGAGGAAGUCUUGUUUACACUGCUGGCACAGGAGUUUUGGAUCCACCAUGUAAAAGAGGUUUUCAGCCCCAGGGCUAGCUGGUUAGCAUGCUAAUUUCACUAGAAACCACUGCAAUGCAUAGAUGUCACGGAGAUAAUGCCAAUACUGUCAUUCCAUGCCAAUACUAUCUUACAUAUCGCACCUAAAACCUGCAGGUCCAAGUCAGAUUCUGACAAAGUUUCUUGUGAGGCAGCUGACAUUCAAUCAUUCUUCAUGUUCCCCUCUUUAAUAUGCCUGACACUCUUUUCUUGUCUAAAGUAAGUACAAAUGAGCUAGAUCAGUUUAUUGUAGCCAGCAAAAUUAGGAUUCGGUUUACACUUCGACAACUUCCUGAUAAUUUGCUCUCGCGUUUCCUGGGAAGAAAAUGAGGAGUUCAAUCAACACACCUCCGGUUAAUUAAUCCCAUUGAUUUCCUGCCAUAACCUUUCUCUUUAUGAGUCUUUUAAUCAGUGCACAGCGGGCUUGCUGAGCAUGGCUUGUGUUUAAAGGAUGAAUUUAACACAAAAAGUGAAAUUCAGUCAUCAUCCCCCCCCCAUGCUGAUGAAAAGUCAAGCUAGGUUUCAUAGUCCAUAGAACAUUUAUGGAGCUUCACAGCAACACAGCGCUGCAGCAUUCUCCUAAGCAACUGAAGUCGCUGGAGAUGGAAAAACAACCAAAAAAAACAAAAAACGCCUCCAAACAGCUCAUAUCUGGACUCCAAGACGUCCCAAUAUGAUUUGAAAAACGUUACUUACACCCCUUUUUUGAGCCAAAAUGAACUGGUGUGGAGCUAACACUUGGAGCUUUGCAGCUGCAGUGAAGUUUCAGCUGUAAGAGGGUGUAGAAAAAAAAAAAGUCUUUUCAAACCACUUUGUGAUCUCGUCUCAUCAGGAGACUUGGAUUACACCGGACGGAGCUGUAUGGAGCCAUAUUAUUGUCGUUUAUGGUUGUGUUGUAGAAGGAAAACAGUAUGUGGAGAGUUAAAGUGUAAAAUAAUGAGUGAAUAAUGGGUUUUAAUCGAGCUUGCAACUCAUAUUUUCCCAACAAUUAAUCACAGUUCUUUACAGGAAUCCUCCUGGAACAUUGCUAUGGGAGUUUACUUAUUAAGUUUUGUGUUCAUUGCAGUUAAAUGCAAAUUGGUACAUCUGUAUGUUUGUUUCUCUGUCAGUGUUACUGUUCAUUUGUUUCUGUCGCUGUACAAACAAUUUGAGCUCAAGUGAAUGUACUGUAUUCUAACUGUCCCCGACGAAAAAGAAUUGAAGUGAUGAAAAUGUUUUUUUGGUCGCAGCAGCAUGUUUGGAAGAGUGACGAGUAAAUAAACAGCCUGGUGUCAUGAAACUUUGUGAAAUGAGCAGAUUCCUUUGAAUAAA